GACGACACAGCAGCUUUUUUGGUUUCCCCUUCCCUUUCCCCGCGCGGUGAUCGCUGGGUUCUCCGCGAGCGAGGCAGAGCACUGCGCGUCCUCCGUGACCGCCUGGUGAUCGCUGGGGGUUCUGGACGUUGGCGUUUCAUUUGGUUGGUUGGUGGUUGGCAGCAGCCGUGGCGAGAUGGACCUGAUGCUGCCGGUGACGGUGAAGGAGGAGUGGCCGCCGGAAGAGGAGGAGGAGGAGGACGUGGACGCGGACGCGGACGCUCCGCGGCCGAUGGAGGGGCUGCACGAGGUCGGGCCACCGCCGUUCCUGACCAAGACGUUCGACCUGGUGGCCGACCCGGCCACCGACGAGGUCAUCUCCUGGGGCCGCGCCGGCAACAGUUUCGUGGUCUGGGAUCCCCACGUGUUCGCCGCCGUGCUGCUCCCCAGGUUCUUUAAGCACAACAACUUCUCCAGCUUUGUCCGCCAGCUGAACACCUAUGGCUUCAGAAAGAUCGACCCGGACAGCUGGGAGUUCGCGAACGAAGGAUUCCUGAGGGGCCAGAGGCAUCUUCUCCGGCUGAUCAAGCGUCGAAGGCCGGCGCCACCGCCGCCGUACCUCCAGGCGUCGCAGUCGCAGGGGUCGUGCCUGGAGGUGGGCCGGUUCGGAGGGCUGGACGGAGAGAUGGAGCGGCUGAGGCGUGACAAGAGCAUCCUGCUGGCGGAGGUGGUGAAGCUGCGGCAGGAGCAGCAGAGCACGCGGGCGGGCAUGCGGGCCAUGGAGGAGCGGCUGCGGCACGCGGAGCACAAGCAGGUGCAGAUGAUGGGGUUCCUGGCGCGGGCGGUGCAGAGCCCAGACUUGUUCCAGCUGCUGGCACAGCAGCAAGCCCGGCGGAGGGAGCUGGAGGGCGCGGCGCUGCUCUCCGCCGCCUCCCGGAAGCGGAGGCGGCCCAUCGGCGCCGCGCCGGCCAACGGCGGCUUGCAGCAGCAGGAGGAGGAGCAGCAGCAGGGCGACGACGACGACCCCACCGCCACGCGGGCGCUGUUCGCGGAGCUGGACGAGCGAGGGACCACGUCGGAGCUGGAGAACCUGGCGCUCAACAUCCAGGGGCUCGGCAAGCGCAGGCAGGACGGGAGCGAGAAGCAGGGUGGCCGCGCGCGGAGCCAGCAGCAGGGCGGGUUCGAGACGGCGGAGCUCACCGACGACUUUUGGGAGGAGCUGCUGAACGAAGGGAUGAAGGGCGGUGCGGAGGCUGAGACGCUGCCGCCGGAGAGGAGACGACCGGCUUGGUACGUCGACGCGCUGGCGCAGAAGUUGAGCUCCAUGAGCAAUAACACCACGGCGAAGUAGAGAUGAUCGCGUUAAUUAAUCCUAUACGACUAGUAACAGUAGCUUAAUUAUCCCUCCGACAGGGGUCAGUGAAUACUCUUAGCGAUAGCUCCAUUGUUGUAGAUUAUAGUAUAUAGGAGUGGGAUCGUGGUGGUUACACUAUGUCAUUUUGUGCAGAGUGCAGACGUGUAGUGUAUAUAGUAUUCUUGGUACCUACCCUGUGUUGUACCCAGCGCAAGUAUAUUCCACAGUC